UGCGCUCCGAGGCGCACAGACGCGCUGGGGAGUCUCCGUCCUAUCAGAUAAACUUCUGUAACUUAAACAACAGGAUCCGCUUUGAAAGAGUACCCUCUGGACGCUCUUGGAUUUUUUUUCUUUUAAUUUUUUUGGGGUUUUUUUGCCUUCUUGGUGGGUUCACUCAAUAAAGCUGCUUGUUUUGCCCAGAGCGCUGGCACAAUGAGCGCGUUCUGUCCCAGAUCGACAGAUUAGAGGGUGGAAAUCUUGACUACGAGGGUGUUUUUUGGGGGGUGGUUUUUUUUUGCACUGAGAUCUCAGCGUUUCACCACAGAUAGAGAGAAGAAGAACAGCCAUGGAUUUGGGAAAUGAUGUGGAUUUAUCCAACAACAACAUCACACCUUUGUGGAGGCGGCGCACAGACUUCAGUGAAGGUUCCCAAGACUUGAACAAACUCAAGCCACGACCCGUGAGCUACCACCUAAACGGGGUCACGACUGGAGACUUCUCUGCGGGGGACGAUGGACGUUCCUUCACGUUGAGCCAGCCGCCCCAGCCUUUAAAUGAAAACACUAUGGUGUUAAAGCAUGUUUUGCACAAACCCUCCGAAAAAAAGCGAAUCGUUCGGAGCAUUAGCAUUGGGCGCCUCUACAAUGGACGCUUCUCAUUGUCCAAGUUUAGGGCUGAGGAUAAGAGAGCUACGCUGGACAACAGGGUGUGUAAUGGAGGUAGUAACAGAAGAAAUAACCAGAAUGGAAGCGUUUGCUCUGAAAAUCAUCACCAGGACACGCAGAGAUCGACCACAAACCCUCUUGAUCUUGACUUGGAGAAAGACCAGAUCUCCUCUGGAACAAACACACCCCCACCUGAAACUCCCACCGACAAUUGUUCUUCACACAUCCAUUCUCCACACACGCCAAAUCACUACCACUACGAGCUGUCUUCACAGUCAUCGAUAUCCAGCUCUUCAUCUCCAGGGUACGGUACCCUCUCCCCCUCUCACAGCUCCUCUUCAAGCAUCCCCUCACUUUCGUCUUUGACCUCCUCGGACCCUCCGACGCCCCGCUCCCCGUCGCCAGCUGACAGAGGGAAUCCAUUGCAGUCUCAGACAACCUCCCCAGCAUCCUCAUACGACACCCUGUACGCCUCCUCCUCUUCCUCCAGCUUCUCCACAUCGCCGUCGCUCUCCCCAACUGCAUCCCCCUCUCCUGCCGUCGUCCUUAGCACCAACAGCCCCGCUGCUUUGAAGAUGGGCACCCAGCAGCUUAUUCCCAAAGGACUGGCAUCCGAUAUCCGACAAACCAAGGCGCCUCCUACUGGGACCCAACGGCUGGGAUUGGACCAUUCCAAACGAGCGAUGAAAGUUCUCAGCAUGGUGGAAGCAGGAGGUUACUUUUCUACGGGAGGGGGCCACACCAAAGAGGCAGAGGGAGAGACCGAAAGCCCCGGGGCGUUACGGAGAGCUUUGAGGAGUACGUCUUACAGGAGGGCAGUUGUGACUGAAGUAGACAAGGACGUUACUUUGGUUGAGUUAAAGAUGCCUGUCAUGGAAGGGCUUGAAAAUCCUGGUUCGUCCACUGGCUCAACAAACCUUUCCACCUUAAGUCCAACAAGUGCUGAAGCACCAAAAGCUGCCAGCCCCAGGAUCACAAAGUCUUCUAGCCCUCGGAUGGAUAAAACUAUAAGCAAAAAGAAAAGCAAGAUUCCAAAUAGGAAGAAGCUGACGUCUCAACGGACAUUUGACAGUGAAGAAGAGGAGCUCUACCAGAACUACAAGGAGAAGGCCCUGCAUAACGACUCCGAUGAGGAUGCUGAUUCAAGGGGGCCAAAGCCCGAUCAGGGCAUCGUUGUGCAGUACAGACCCAUACGUACCUCCUGGAGCCAACUGAGCGUGGUAAAGAAAAAUGGCCUGGCUGAACAGCUGAGUCAGGAGGAACGCAAAAGACAAGAGGCCAUCUUCGAAGUGAUCUCAUCGGAGCACUCCUACCUCCACAGCUUGGAGAUUCUCAUCCGUAUGUUCAAGAACUCAUCGGAGCUCAGCGAGGCGAUGACCAAGAUCGACCACCACCACCUCUUCUCCAACAUCUCGGACGUCUGCGAGGCCAGCAAAAAGUUCUUCAAGGAGCUGGAGGACAGACACCAACAGAGCAUAGUCAUCGAUGACAUCAGCGACAUUGUUUGCAAGCACGCCGAGUCGACCUUCGACCCUUACAUCAAGUACUGCUCCAAUGAGGUGUACCAGCAGAGAACGCUGCAGAGGCUGGUCGGUGCCAAGAAUUCUGCUUUCAAGGAGGUGCUGACCAGGUUGGAGGGCCACCCAGACUGCAGGAACCUCCCCAUGAGCUCCUUCCUCAUCCUGCCCAUGCAGAGGAUCACUCGCCUGCCGCUACUCUUGGACACCAUCUGUCAGAAGACGUCAAAAGACUCGGCACGCUAUGAAACAUGCAAGAAAGCCUUGCAAGCCGUUAGCAAGGUGGUGCGGAAAUGCAACGAAGGCGCUCGCACGAUGGAGAGGACAGAGAUGAUGUACACAAUCAACACUCAGCUGCAGUUCAAGAUUAAGCCUUUCCCGCUGGUCUCGUCCUCCAGGUGGAUGGUAAAAAGAGGCGAGCUGACUGCAUUCGUGGAGGACAGCGGCAUCUUCACGAAGCGGAAAUCCCGACAACACGUCUACUUCUUCCUCUUCAACGACGUUCUCAUCGUCACCAAGAAGAAGGGUGAGGACAGCCACACAGUCAUAGACUACGCCCUGCGGGAUCAGAUCCAAGUAGGCAGCAGUCAGCCGGAGGACGUUCACCUCUCACCGGUCAAGAGUCCCACGAGCAUGCUGAGCUCACGGCAGGUCGGCGCAAACCAUCUCUUCCGGCUGUGUUUCCGUAGCAACCACUCCAGCGAAAAGGUGGCAAUGAUCCUCGGAACGGAGUUGGAGUGAGUGCCUUGUUUUGUUUAUCCUUUUCCUCAUUUUGUCUUUUCUUUUUUUUUUUUUAAAUUAAGCCAUUUUCCCUGUUCAAAUUUCACUUAAGCAUUUACAACACUUAGCCUUAAGUGGGAGUGAAUAACUUUUUGCCCGUGGCGUAAUGUCACUCUUGCGUGUCUGUACGUGUUGAAGGCUCGUCGUACGGACGGUCUGGGCUAUUGGCUCAGACAGCAGAGGGAACCUGAGAUCUUUAAAUAUUCUGACUGCAAGGCCAGAUUUUUAGCUCCGUUACGUGCUGCUGUGUUCACCUUCUAACUCACAGACGGACAAAAAUUCCCUCGUGGUUUUAGCUACAUUAAAAGCAACGAGUCUAUUUCUGAAUCCGCUCUGAAAACAAACGCAAAGAUGGAAGUGAAAUUUGUUGUCGUCUUUAAAGGCUAAAGUUAGCAAGUGCCAACCAAAGUCCUAAAAACAGCCUGUAAGCUGUUAGCUGUAGCUAACUCACCCCUCUGUAACUUCAUCUCUCCUCAUGUAGUAAUUAGGGAGUAAAGUGAGGAUGUUCGGAUUACAUAACCCAAACAAAGGAAAGGGAUCUGCUUUUACGUUGGCCUUCGCAUUCGUUCACAUGCAUGGAUGCGCAAACACACUAUGCCGUACGCUGUAAUCAUCCGUUGUGGUUCAAAGCUUUGCUAAGUCUUUACUGUUCCCCCCUUCUCUCUCAUGCAGCUGGAGAAACUCCCUCCGUCUUCUGACGGGAGCAGCUGUGAUUUAUCGCUUUUGUGUGGAGGAAUUUAUUGUGUGGAACAUUUCAAACGUUUCUUACACCUUCCUGUUUUUGCUUUUACCAGACAUUGAAGCCUACCUAUUUAACUAAACCCUAAAGUACAUGUAAUAUUUUUCACUACUUUUCUAUCCUUUG